AAUGAUGCAAGCUAUCUGUUAAUACUAGACUCUGAAUUUAUAUAUGUAGGAUGAAUAGGAAGAAACUCGCAUCAGUUGACAAAGUGUAGGAAUACCAUGUUGGGUGCUCUGGUUAUAAUUGCCCUAGUGGGAACGGCUUUUGCCGAUCCCAACUUGGCAUUCCCUGAAGAUGUAAGAAUGUCAGCAUCCCGUAUAGUGUCAGGAUGGGAGGCCCAGGAAGGCCAGUUUCCCUUCCAGCUGUCUCUUCGCAUGGUGAACCCUGCUGGCUCCGUGUUCGGCUGCGGAGGCUCCAUCCUCAGCGCCGAGUGGGGUCUCACUGCUGCUCAUUGUACCGCUAACCGCGUGACGAUCGUCAUCCGCGCCGGUACCACCAACCUGACCCGUCCUUCCGAGAUCUUCGAGACCACCACCUACUUCAACCACCCUCUCUACAACGAGAUCAUCCAGGGCACCGUGCAGCCCCACGACAUCGGCCUCAUCAAGUUCGAAAGAUCCCUCACUUUUGGAGAUCUCAUCCAGCCCAUCAGAAUCCAGAACUCGCUGUCCAUGAACAAGAACUACGCUGGUCAGCUAGCCACCGCCAGCGGCUGGGGAGCUACCUGGACUGGCGGUUCUUCCCCUGAGGUCCUGAACUGGGUGAACUUGAGACUGACUUCCAACGAGGAGUGCUCCGCAGCUUACGGAGGCAGCGCCAUCAUCGCUCCCUCUACCAUCUGCACGAGAGGUGUUGACAAUCCUACACAGUCUACCUGCCAGGGUGACAGCGGUGGUCCUCUGACCAACAUUGACGAAGAUGGCCUCAUCACCCAGGUCGGAGUCACCUCCUUCGUCUCUUACUACGGUUGCCACGUUGGUCAACCCUCUGGUUUUAUCCGCCCCGGCCACUACCACGCCUGGUUCACCCAAGUGACUGGUAUUGACUUCGACUGGGAUUAUGCUGCGCCUACUGAAGCCCCUGAGCCGACUACUGAGGGUCCCGAAGAUGAAACUCCCGAGGUCCCAGACUCCCCCGAAGUCCCAGAUUCUCCCGAAGAGGAAUCUCCCGAGGUCCCAGACUCCCCCGAAGUCCCAGAUUCUCCCGAAGAUGAAUCUCCCGAAGCCCCAGAGUCACCCGAGGUCCCAGAUUCUCCCGAAGACGAAUCUCCCGAGGUCCCAGAGUCACCCGAGGUCCCAGAUUCUCCUGAAGAUGAAUCUCCCGAGGUCCCAGACUCUCCCGAAGCUCCGGAGUCACCCGAGGUUCCAGAUUCUCCCGAAGCCCCGGAGUCACCCGAGGCCCCGGAGUCUCCCGAGGCCCCUGAGUCCUCCGAAUCUUCCGAAUCCUCAGAGUCUUCGGAGUCAUCACAAUCCUCGGAAUCUUCCUCAUCAGAAUCCAAUGAAUCUGAUGAAUAAACGGACUAUUAUCGUAAUAGGGAGCCAUCGUUCAACUCAAGUGAAGUUGAAAAUAUGACACGUGU